UUUAGGAGAGCCCUUCUGGGGGGUGUAGAGGGAGUCAAAAGGCACGGGUGUAGAACAUUACCAACCGACACUCAGCAACGGUGAGCUAGCGUGGACUGUAAUGGCUGGGUGUCUGCUCCGUGCCAGGCAAAGGUCUCCUGGAUGCUUGAGCAUGGACCCAGUUGCCACUCACAGCUGCCAUCUCCUGCAGCAGCUGCAUGAGCAGCGCAUCCAAGGCCUGCUUUGUGACUGCAUGUUGGUGGUGAAAGGUGUCUGCUUUAAGGCACACAAGAAUGUCCUCGCAGCGUUCAGCCAGUACUUUAGGAGCCUCUUCCAGAAUUCUUCAGGCCAGAAGAAUGAUGUUUUUCACUUGGACAUUAAAAAUGUCAGCGGCAUCGGGCAGAUCCUAGACUUCAUGUACACGUCUCACCUGGAUCUUAACCAGGACAAUGUACAAGUGAUGCUGGACAUAGCACAGUGUUUGCAAGUUCACAACGUCCUGAGUCUGUGUCACACAUUUUUAAAAUCGGCCCCUGGGGAGCAGCCGCCUGGCAUGCCCUGUAACAGUGCGUUCUCCCUGCAGAGCGCGCUGGCUCCUGACACCAGCUGUGCCAUCACUGAAAGCUACUCUCCUCACCUGCUGCCGGAGUGUCCGGCAGAUACUCAGCACAGCAAGGUCUUGGACGAGCCGCACUCUCAGGCUCCACCAUCAGUUCAUCUCCAUCACCCUGCAGGCGAAAUAUCAAAACAAGCCCCUGAUUCCUUAGACAGCAGCUGCACUGAACUGCCGUUCAAACCGCCAAAUCACUACUACAAACACAGAAACCUGUACAGUAAGCAGUACUAUAAACAAGCUACUUGCCCCAGUCAGGAGAGAACAGCCGAGCAGCCUUUCACCAUCAGCCCGUCUGCAGACCUCACUGCCAUGGAAAGCCAGCCCUGUGCUGUCAGUCAUUCCGAAUGCGCCCUGCCAUCCCCGGAGCACCUACCUCCCAACUUCCUGGCCCAGCCUCUCAGUGAACCUGCCCCGGACCCUGAGUCAGACAGCGCGUGCCAACCACCUACCAAACAGAUGAGGCUCAAAAAGGCCAUUCACCUUAAGAAGCUCAAUUUCCUGAAGUCACAGAAAUCUGCAGAGCAAACUUCUGAACCCCCAUCAGAUGUGGGUUUAACCAAGGGGAUAGACUCUGCUAGUGAAGACACUACAGAGAGAGCUAGCAGUCAAAGUGCCGAAGAGAAAGAAAGGGAAGCACCCGUCAGUUCCGAGGGUUUUCACUGCGUGACUGACACCGAGAGGCCCGAAGCACUGGAGGCUCCGGAGGACCAGUCCCAGCUGCUCCAACCCCAGAGGCAGUACGCGUGUGAACUGUGUGGGAAACCUUUCAAACACCCGAGCAACCUGGAGCUCCACAGACGGUCUCAUACAGGUGAGAAACCUUUUGAAUGUAACAUUUGUGGGAAACAUUUCUCUCAGGCAGGUAACCUGCAGACCCACUUGCGUCGGCACUCUGGGGAAAAGCCGUACAUCUGCGAAGUCUGUGGAAAGAGGUUUGCGGCCUCCGGGGACGUCCAGCGUCACAUUGUUAUUCACUCGGGAGAGAAGCCGCACCUGUGUGACGUCUGUGGCCGAGGGUUCAGUAACUUCAGUAAUUUGAAAGAGCACAAGAAGACGCACACGGCCGAUAAAGUGUUCACCUGCGACGAGUGCGGGAAGUCUUUCAACAUGCAGAGGAAGUUGGUGAAGCACCGGAUUCGGCACACGGGGGAGCGGCCCUACAGCUGUGCGGCCUGCGGGAAAUGUUUCGGGGGGUCCGGUGACCUCCGCAGGCACGUCCGCACUCAUACCGGGGAGAAGCCAUACACAUGUGAGAUCUGUGACAAGUGCUUCACGCGCUCGGCCGUGCUGCGGCGGCACCUGAGGAUGCACUGCCGGGCUGACGGCGAGAGCCCCGAUGCGCUGCGGGAGCUCGCACAUGCCGUCGAGGCCUCGGACCUGGACGGGGCCCCCGGCUCGGACUCCUUUUCCCAGGAUGUGGCGGUGACUCUGAUGCCCACGUCUACAAAGCUCCCUGUCCCGCCAGCGGAAGAGUCCGGGACAGAAUUUGACGGCCACUCUGCCGGCUCCUUCUGUAAGUUCCGGUCCAGCACGCAGCCUCACGGAGGCAGCUGCCCGGAGAAGCUUGGUGCAGAUCCUGGCAAACUCGCCAAGGCCCCUGGACAGCACGCGCAGCACCCAGCCUUCGCUUACUCAGCCUCGGACGCUGCCUCCAGCGAUGGGCCGCUGCCGGCCGACGGCAUGGCCGCCAUCCGCUCGUCUCUGGCCACUCUGGACAAUCACUGCGGCGACCCCCUGGGCAGCCGGGCAGCAGGCGCGGCCUACAGGAGCUCGGAAGGCCCCUUCUUCUCCAGCAUGACCCUCUGGGGGCUGGCGAUGAAGACGCUGCAGAACGAGAAUGAGCUGGACCAGUGACGCCCACACUGCCCCUCCCGGCGGAGGCGUCUUCCAGGGUCAGCAGCCCGAGUCCUGGAGACGGCACUCCCCACGACGCCCUCUCUCCAGCCCGGCGCGGUGGGACGUGUCCCUUCUGGUGGCUGGUAACUGGAAGCCUCGUGAGCUCAGGCUUGGGGAGGAAAGGCCUGUGGGCUCACCGUGGACGCAGACGCCUCACAGAGCCACAGGCCGGGGAACCUUCGCUGCCUGGCUGGCAUGAUGGAGUGUGGACUGUGGGGCAACUACUGUGCGUUGUGGGUGUGCUAAGGGGAAAAGAUAUAUAUAUUUUUGCAUUUUCACAUGCUUGAAAUUUGUAGCAUUUUGUAUUUUUAUUUACACAGAUUUUAUUUGUAUAUGGAAGUCAUACUAUAAUUUAAUUUGAAUAAAUGAAACUUUCUAUGUAAUCUGUUUCCACCAGCAUUUUUAUUCAUCUUAAGGCCAUAGUAACGAAAUGAAGA